AUGCGUGCCUCGUCCACCCCUGCAUUAGGGGCGAGGAGACAGAAGACGGAUUUGCACGUGGCUGAACCCUCAAGGUCCGCGAGUCCGGCCUCCAGUUUGCGAAGCCAACGGGCCAAACAAUACAGCUUAUGGAAAAGCCCACAUAUAUUGCUUCACCGAGAAUACCCAGAGGGAUCUAGGGUAAGGGGCGUACCCACGGGACAACGCCAUUGCGACUGUUACUCAUCAGCCGUCUCUAAUUCCAGGGCCAGUCUACCAGUCAGAAGCGCGCGUCUUCUCCAACGCUCACGAACGCAAACACCAUCAGAUGGCGCCAGCGAUGGCAGCACUUCACCAGCACCAGCGCCAUCAACGCUUCUUCAAGACGUCGUCGACAUCAAGACGCUGCUUCUGCAGCUCAAACGGGUCUUACAGGAGCCGGGGGAGGAGCAUCAUACGAUGAGUAGUCAGUUAGAGGAGCGUGACCGUCUGGUGCGCGUGCUGCAGCAGCAGAUGCUGAGGAUGGCAGAGAGCCAUGAUGCACGACCAGAUGACACGUGCAAUGUUGCUACGCAGACUGACAGGUUGCGGCCGCCGAUGGGUACAACGCUAACCAGUUCUGAAAAUUCCGGAUUAGUGAGUUGGAAUGAACAAGGGAACGGGAGAAAGCUGCCGUCUUACAGUGAAGCACAAAAGACAAAGAGACCUGUUACCAACGGGGUAGUGAAAUGUCAGUGUGGUGCGAGAAAAGUGAACGGACUUGACGACACUCAGACAGACAGACUUGACACGGUACACCUAAAACCUAACAGCCGCGUCGGUACCAAGUACCUCCAAGCCGUGACCAACACGGAGAACAGACGGUACAUCAAAAGAGACUCGUCUCUCAGCGAAAAGUCCGACCGCAAAAACCUAUACACGAACAGAUCUAGGUCCAUAGAAAAUUUCCAAAAUCAAAACUAUUCUACAGUCGAACUAAAACCGACGGUGAUCGAAGAGACGGGUAUCAAACAUCAUACGUCAUACAGCGAUCUCUAUAACGGCAGAAUUAGUAGUAGGGAAAGCGUUAACAGACACAGUCCAAGUCUCAACGGUCAGUCCACAGACACGGACUACAGCUCCGAUGGUGGAUACAAGUCUCUUCCUUCAUCUAUUAACUACGGAUCCCCUAAAAAAGUUAGCGGCAUUCCCAGGAGGUCGCUCGAGCAAAAGUUUAUAUCGACAAAGCAAGUUAGAGCCAGCGCCGUUUGA